AUGGGCUUGGAAAAUAUGCGUCGCUGGCCGAUGUACAUAGUGUUUGCGGUGUGCAUUUUACUCACCCUUUCACUUUUUAAUAGUUGGAGUAUGGAGAAUGAAUUACAAAUCAAAGUCGGUGAAUUAAGUGCACAAUUACAAGAGUGUUCGAAAGCUCAAACAACAUGUGUGCAAGAGUCCUUGACUCUUCUUGAACAACGAGAUGGAUAUAACACUAAAAUGAAUGAUUUGGAAAAGGAAAAGGUAAGGCUUAAUGAUCAGAUUUCUGAGUACCUUAGUAAAAUUACUAAAACAGAAACUCAAGCAAAUCGUACUUUAGUUGAUCUUGAAUACUGUAAGACUGAACUACAAAGCUUAAAAAAUCUUCAAGUUAGUAAAUCGGCAACAUUAGAGACUUUAAGAUUGGAAAAAGAUACUCUUACUACUCAGUUAGCAGAAAGAAAAGAAAAAAUUGAAGAGUUGGAAAAGGAAAUCAUGCGAUUAAAAGCAUCUUUAACUACAAAAAGUGCACCUAAUCCUUCUGUAUCUGCAAAAGUUACUCCAGCACCUCAGCCACCUAAGUUAAGUCCAGCCUUAAACAUACACAAUCCAAUUAAUGAUCCAAGUUUUGAAAAUGAUGCCAAGGAGGAAAUGGAAGAUCCUAAUGCUUUAAAUGAUGGUAAUGAUUUUGACCCUCAAGUAUAA